AUGGGUGGCGGCAGAGAACUUAAAAGCAAGAGCGACUACCCGGCUCUGGCCUCGCGGCCUGUAGGACAAUGGAUCUCCAACAUCUACAAGGAGAGAAUUAAUCAGUUCUACUCUCGUGGACAAUGGGAGAAGUACAAUCUCCUAGCGAUGAUGACGGAGGGCACCGCACCGGGCGAGCCUCACGUCAAGUUAUCCGUCUGGGAUGCCCCUGACACCACGCGGCCGACGUUUGAAGAUGCUGUUUCGCACGAGUUCAAGAAGACAGAAGUUGGCGCAUGGUUCGGUCCAUCGUGGUCGACCCAUUGGUUCAAGGUUGUUCUUACCGUACCGGAAGAACUACGUGACAAGGAACUGCUCGAGCUACACUGGGAUGCCAAUAAUGAGGGCUUAAUCUGGACAGAAGACGGCAAGCCGCUCCAAGGUCUCACUGGAGGCGGCGAGCGUACUGAAUGGAUUCUUCCCAAAGAUUUCAGAGACGGCAAGGAGCACACCAUUUAUGUCGAAAUGGCUUGCAAUGGCAUGUUUGGCAAUGCUCCCGGUGGAGAUUCCAUCCAGCCGCCGGACCCUAACAAGUACUUCCGGCUGGGCCAAGCUGACAUUGUCGCCGUCAAUCCCGAGGCGAGAGCACUCUACAUUGAUAUUUGGAUCAUUGGCGAUGCCGCUCGCGAGUUUCCUAGAGAGUCAUGGGAGCAGCACAAGGCCCUCAAGGUCGCCACCGACAUUAUCGACGCUUUUGAGCUCGGCAACAAGGAUUCUAUUCUUAAGUGUCGGAAGAUUGCGCAGGAGUACUUGGGUCCGGAUGUAGAUUCUCACAAGGUCUACAGUACUGACAAAGAGCCUCAGGUCUAUGGUAUUGGCCAUUGCCACAUCGACAGCUGCUGGCUCUGGCCAUGGGCUGAGACGAAGCGCAAGGUUGUUAGAUCCUGGUCUAACCAGUGCAAUUUGAUGGACCGCUAUCCUGAGCUGAACUUCGCUUGCUCGCAGGCUCAGCAGUAUAAGUGGUUGAAAGAACUUUAUCCCUACGCCUUCGACCGCGUGAAGACGAAGGUGAAGGAGGGACGUUUCCAUCCUAUUGGCGGGAGCUGGGUCGAACACGACACGAACAUGCCCAGCGGCGAGUCGUUAGUGAGGCAGUUCUUGUAUGGCCAACGCUUUUUCGAGAGCAACUUCGGUGAGCGCUGCCAGACUUUCUGGCUUCCGGACACUUUUGGAUACUCUGCCCAGCUCCCACAGUUCUGCCGGCUGGCGGGAAUGAACCGCUUCCUGACCCAGAAGCUUAGCUGGAAUAACAUCAACAAUUUUCCGCACACCACUUUCAACUGGGUUGCUCUUGACGGCAGCCAGGUCAUUUGCCACAUGCCGCCUUCAGAGACUUACACUGCCGAAGCUCACUUUGGAGACGUAAAGCGAAGUGUCAGCCAGCACAAGUCUAUGGAUCAAGACCAUACAUCAUUGCUUGUAUUUGGUAAGGGAGACGGCGGCGGCGGCCCGACUUGGCAGCACCUCGAGAAGCUUCGACGAUGCCGUGGUAUUUCUGACCAAGUUGGCAUGCUGCCUAGAGUGCACAUGGGAAACAGCGUCGAUGACUUUUUUGACAAAUUGGAGCCCAAGGCCAAGGCCUUCGUCACUUGGUACGGUGAGCUUUACUUUGAGCUUCACCGCGGCACCUACACCACGCAGGCAAACAACAAGUUAAACAAUCGCAAGUCCGAGAGUCUCCUCAGGGAUGUCGAGUGGCUCGCCACCAUUGCAACUCUUUCUACCAAUGGCAAGAACUACAAAUAUCCAAAGAAGGAAAUUGACGAUAUGUGGGAGGCAGUCCUGCUCUGCCAAUUCCACGACUGUCUCCCAGGUAGCUCUAUUGAGAUGUGCUACGACGAUUCCGAUGAGCUCUACGACAAAGUAUUCAAGACAGGCAAGAAGCUCCUUGACGAGAUCCACGACGUUCUGGGGGUUUCUGCUACGCCAAGCGGUCGCCUAGACGAGACGAUAGCGUUGAACACAUUGCCUUGGCACCGUAGAGAGGUUGUCGAGAUUUCUGAGACCGAGGCUGGCGUCGCUUGUGGUGAUGGCCAGAUGCUGAAAAUCCGCCCAUUCAAGAUCUCGGAGGAUAAGCCUGCGGUCACAAUCGAGCAAGUCAGCGAUGGCGUGUUCGUGUUGCAAAACGACCAGCUCCGUGUUAGGAUCGAGGAUGGAUACAUUACCUCGUUGUAUGAUCGUCUUGCAGAACGUGAGGUUAUCGAAAAGGGUGGCAAGGCGAACCAGUAUGUCAUCUUCGAUGAUAAGCCUCUGUACUGGCAGGCCUGGGAUGUUGAAGUCUACCAUCUUGACACGAGAAAGGAGCUCACUUGUGGCAAGACCUUCAUUUCGGAACAGAAGGCGCAUCGUGUCAGCCUGACAACCGAAAUCAAAAUUAGCGAGCAAAGCUCACUAAAGUCGACGAUCACGCUAUCAGCUGCUCUGAAGGGAGUGCAAUCAUGGGUCGAGUGCCACGCCGAAGUGGACUGGCAUGAGACCAUGAAGUUCUUGAAGGUCGAGUUCCCAGUCGAUGUCAGAAAUACAGAGGCAUCCUAUGAGUCGGCAUACGGCUUGGUCAGGCGGCCUACUCACUACAACACCAGCUGGGAUAUGGCCAAGUUUGAAGUCUGCUGCCAUCGAUUCGCUGAUUUGUCCGAGCACAAUUACGGUGUUUCAAUUCUCAAUGACAGCAAAUACGGCUUUGCAACUGUCGGUAACUUGAUGCGUCUGUCCCUUCUCCGGUCGCCCAAGGCCCCUGAUGCUCAUGCUGAUAUGGGAACGCACCAAAUCCGCUGGGCUAUCUUCCCACACGAGGGAACCAUUGGCUCUUCAACUGUGCGUGCGGCGUAUGCUUUCAACAACCCUCUCCGACUUCUUUCGGGGCCCAGCGCUGCGCAGGCAUCUCUCGCUAAGAGCCCAGUGACGCUCACUGGAGAUGGUUCUCUGGUACUUGACACCGUCAAGCGUGGCGAAGACGAUGAAGAUGUUACACGUGGCGAUCUUCCCAAGCGCAAGGGUCGCAACGUCAUUCUGCGCGUUUACGACAGUCUCGGUGGCCAGAGCAAGGGUAUCAUUGAGACGACCUGGGACGUUAAGCGCGUUUACAAGUGCAACCUGCUCGAAGACGAUAUCGAAGAAAUUAAGAUUGAAGGCGGAAAGUUCCCCAUCACCCUGCGGCCGUUUGAGAUCGCCUCAUACCGCCUAGAGUUGUAG